UAGAGCCGAUCUUUGACCUCGUUUCCUGUUUCGUUCCCGCGAGACCCGGGAGGGGGAACGGAAUGUUUUCAGCAUGGAUGCUGUGGAGGAGUUAGAAGUCGACGUUGAGGGGGACGCGACGACGGGCGUUGGAGAAGCGCAGCCGGGAAGCUAUGAAAAACCAUCAUCCAGCUUACUCCAAGAUCAUUACCUUGAUUCAACUUGGCGAACUGAUAUGGGUCUUCCAUGGAGUCUUGAUAGAACAAUUAGCGAAGAAAACAAGGCUGCUAUUGAGAAGAUGUUGUUGGAAGAAGAAUACUAUCUGUCUAGCAAAUCACUUCCAGAAAAAUUUUGGCAUGAACUAAAGGAAAGUGAUAAAAAAUGCCCCAAAAGUCUACACAAGAAAGAAGCAAAAGCAACGAUACGCUCACCUACAAAAUCAGCUACUGGAUCACUAAAGUGGACAGUGAAAGAAAAAGAGCUAUUUGAACAAGGACUGGCUAAAUUUGGCAGAAGAUGGACAAAAAUUGCUAUGAUGAUUGGAAGUCGCAAUGUUCUCCAAGUAAAAAGUUUUGCCAGGCAGUACUUUAAGAACAAGGCAAAAACAGAUGGCUCAGAAAAAGUGGAACACCAGCAGUAUGUCAAUGUUCCUAUUCCCAGUACUAAUCCGGAUGAUGAAGGAAAGGCGGUGUCAUGGUCAUCUACACACUUAAGAGGUCGGGCAGACCCUAAUCUAAAUGCAGUGAAAAUUGAAAAAUUAUCAGAUGAUGAGGAAGUAGAUAUUACAGAUGAAGUGGAUGAGCUACUUCCUGAUGUACCUCAGCAAGAAGCUGGAAAGUCUGGGUUCUUAGAUAUUCCAAAAAGUCCAGCUGGAGAGACCAAUUGGACAGAGCCUAUUUUGGAUUCUGCUGGACACAUGUCUUCAGUUCUUUUAACAGCAAGAUACAUUCCAAAGCCAGAGCAGAGUAUAGUUGAAAGUCUAGAGGCUGCAAUAUCAUGCUCCGAGAAUAGUGGUCAUAGGCCUAUGACAUCAGAAGAUAAGUGUGAUGGAAAAGGAAUUUCAGAUGUUACUGAUUGGUUUUCUAAUCCAGAGAUUUGUGGAGAACAGAGAGACUUCACUGAAAACAGCAUUCUUUUUCAUCCUUCCAACCAAAUGGAAGAGGAGAAUCAGAUAGAUGCAGAGGAGCUUAAGCCACCUGAUCGAGAAGUAGAAAUAGAUAGAAAUACCAUACUAGAAGAAGAAAAACAAGCAAUACCAGAAUUUUUUGUGGGACGUCAAGCAAAAACACCUGAGCGCUACCUGAAAAUUAGAAACUAUAUUUUGGAUCAGUGGGAAAAAAUCAAACCAAAAUACCUGAACAAGACUUCAGUACGCCCAGGGCUGAAGAACUGUGGUGAUGUUAACUGCAUAGGACGGAUACACACAUACCUGGAGUUAAUAGGAGCAAUUAACUUUGGCUGUGACCAGGCUGUAUAUAAUAGACCACAGCAAGUUGACAAAAUUCGACCUAGAGAAGGCAAAGACACUAUAGAAGCCUAUCAGCUUGUGCAACGGCUACAGUCUAUGCGUACAAGGAGAAGGCGUGUUAGAGACCCCUGGGGAAACUGGUGCGAUGCUAGAGAUUUGGAAGGACAGACAUUUGAGCACCUCUCUGCUGAGGAUCUAGCUAAGAGAAGAGAAGAGGAGAAGCUUAAACCACCAAAAGCAUCUAAAGGACAAAGGCAUGCCAAAAGUUCAUUUGAUCCCUUUCAGCUGAUCCCUUGCUGUUCCUUCACUGAAGAAAAGCCAGAGCCAUUUCAAGUAACAGUAGCAGCAGAAGCACUUCUGAUCAUGGAUUUGCAUGCCCAUGUUUCAAUGGCAGAAGUAAUAGGCCUGCUAGGUGGAAGAUACUCUGAAACUGAUGGAAUAGUUGAAAUUUGUGCAGCAGAACCAUGCAAUAGCAUCAGUACAGGAUUGCAGUGUGAGAUGGACCCAGUAUCUCAAACGCAGGCAUCAGAAACACUUGCUGCUAGAGGUUACAGUAUUAUUGGGUGGUAUCAUUCUCACCCUGCCUUUGACCCUAAUCCUUCAAUACGAGAUAUUGAUACCCAGGCAAAAUAUCAGAGCUAUUUCUCGAGAGGUGGGUCAAUGUUUGUUGGUGUUAUCAUAAGUCCAUAUAAUCGAAAUAACCCUCUUCCACAUUCCCAGAUUACUUGUCUGGUAAUUAGUGAUGAGACCAGUCCUGAUGGAUCCUAUCGCCUGCCAUACAAGUUUGAAGUGCAACAGAUGUUAGAAGAACCUAAAUGGGAAUUAAUACUGGAAAAAACACGAUGGAUAAUUGAAAAAUACAGGAUGUCUCAUAGCUGUGUACCCAUGGAUAAAAUCUUCCAUAGAGAUUCAGAUUUGACCUGUCUGCAGAAGUUAUUGGAGUGUAUGAGGAAGACUCUGGGCAAUGUGGCAAAUAGUUUCAUUGCUGAAGAAUUCCUGGCACAACUAGAAAACUUAUUCCUUUCAACGUACAGUAAUGAGAAAUGGCAUGAUACUACUGAAGAAAACAGCAUGUACCCAAAUAGCCUGACAACAUGAUGGUGCUGUAAAGAGUAAUUGCUCACUUGACAGCAUCCAGUGUGGCUCAAGAAAAUGACUAUUACUGAAAGACAGUGUGAAACAAUCAUGACAAACUAUGUGAUCUCUGAUAUAACUUCUAAUCUUCUGAAAUUAUGAUGAUGUUUCAAAGAGAGAAAUGAACUAUUCGGCAGCCCACCAUUGGAUAAGACAGUUGCACCAUUUGGAUGCCCAAGUACCUGAAGUGAUAAUCUACUUGGACCAAGAGCUAUUUAGCAAACUGUCAUUCAAAUAAUUACAUUGCCUACCUUGUAUGUGUCAUUUUAGAGAACACUACCGUACAUUUCAAUGUCAAAUGUAUCGGCAAGCACAUUUUGUUCAAUUGAUAAGCUGUAUUGUAUGCUACUGAAAGCAGUAAGGAAUGGAAACUCACUUUAAAGGCAGCAAUGAUAGGAUUCCUCAUGGAAAAUUUCAGCCUGGAGCUUCUCACUUAAGUAUCCCCAGCUUAUUCAAGCGCUUGCAUGCUACAGAAGUCUUCAGUGGCAAAAUGACAAUUUUGGUAUGAACUCCUUCAUACCAAAUUCUGCUGUCUAAAUUAAUUGUUCAGAUUUGCAUGAGAUUGGUAGGCCUUGUUCAUUUGUCAAGAACUAGGGACAGAAAGCUGAGGCUUUCCAAACAAAGAGACUAAGAAUUGUGCGUAGAAGAUUCCCCUCACCAUCAUGCAUCUCAGCUCAGAAUAUGUACUAAAUACAUACAGAACACAAAGAAGUAGGAAUGUGCCAGGAUUACAAAACUAUAUUAACACAACCCAGAUGGACUUUUUUUUAACCUAAGCUUUGUCUGUGGAAGUUGUGGACUCACGUGCAGCAUGCAUCACUUUAGCCACUUUAGUUCAAUACUAGAAUAUAUUUGACUUAAUCAUCUGCAUGCAAGGGAUCUUGUAUCAUAGUGCACUAGUUGAAGCUGCUUUAAUUUUGAAAUAUGAUCUACACAUUACUUCAGUCUCUAGACCAUUAUGUCUUAAAUUGCGUGUGAUAUAAUGCCUCGUUUGCCCGAUUGAGACCCUAGCAUAUUGCUGAAUAUUUGGGAAUUCCUUUUUGAGGAAGGAAUCCAAAACCAAGGUUUAUGUUUUGGAGAGUUAUGUCAUAAUCAUAUUGCAGCGUCAUAUUUUUAUUGAAUAAUGUUUACAUUUUAUAUUGUAAAUGUGUAUAACAGUAUUGUAAAUAUUGUGUAUUUGUACAGAAAAGAAUUACUGGACUACUUGGCCCUCAUGUAAAAGCACAAUGCAGAUAUAUUUGCCCAUGAUAUGCAUGGGGAGGAUUUGAUGACUAAAAUAAUGAAAAGAAUUGUUAUUGGCCACAUUGCCCCUUCAAUAAACUGUGUGAAAAUGUUUUAAAUGUUA